UCUCCAACAGCUGCGGGUAUAUAAAGGCCGACACUCGCAACGACCGGCAUAGUUGAAUUCGAAACUGCAAACAAAUCAAAGCGUUGAAUAAGCGCACAAAAACUAAAUAACGUACAAUACAAAAGCUAAACAAGCUAACGUUCUUAAGAUACUGUUAUAAGUGAAAGUAAAGAAAUACAAUCACAUCAAAUUUAGAAUGGCGAACCUACCAUUGCUCUUGAGUUUGGCUGACGACUUAAGCCGCCUAACACCUUUUUACGAACCGGCGUUCUACACACACUGGCCCGCGAUCACCACUUCGCCCAGUGGCCAGUUAAGGAAAUUUGAAAAGGAUCUGCCUAUUGCUUCGGUGGGAAAAGAUGGUUUUCAGGCCAGUAUGGAUGUGCAGCAGUUUAAGCCCAGCGAACUGAACGUUAAAGUAGUUGACGACCACAUCGUGGUGGAGGGUAAACACGAGGAGCGAGCAGAUGACCAUGGUUAUAUUUCACGUCAUUUCGUUCGUCGCUAUGCACUGCCUAAAGGCUUCGAUGCCGGUAAAGUAGUUUCAACACUGUCAUCGGAUGGCGUACUAACGGUCAGUGUACCAAAACCUGCCAUAGAGGACAAGUCCAACGAGCGAGUCAUUCAAAUUCAACAGACUGGCCCA